UCCUCCUGUGUGUUUCCGCCCGGACUGUGUCAAAGACGAACCAAACACCUCAGUCACAACACGUUUUCUGUCGUUGUAGUCAGUUGUUUUUAGACAUAACAUUUUUUGUUAAACGCGGUUAGCAACCGAAACAGCAGAGUUUAAACACGCGAGAGGCUGACGAGCUGUGUGUCUGUCUCUGCAGUCAUGCUCCAGGUGGACCCUGGUCUGUACAUCGGCACUGCGGCCGACCUCAAUGACAGCCAGGCAUUGGCCUACGCAGCUGUCACUCACAUACUGUCUGUGGACUCUGUGGACCCCGCCCCUCUUGUUCCUGCUGAUGGAGACUUUCGCAGGAAGUGGGUCAAUGUUCUGGAUGAAGUGACCUCUGACCUCCUUAGUCACAUGGACGACUGCUUCCUGUUCAUUCUGGAGGCUGUGGAUGGAGGCGGGGCUGCAUUUGUUCACUGCCAGGCCGGUCGGAGUCGCAGUGCCACCAUCAUUACUGCUUAUCUAAUGAAGAAAUACCAGCUGGGCUUCACUGAGGCUUACCACAGACUGAAGACUGUCAAACAGGACGUACAGGUCAACAGUGGUUUUGAGGAUCAGUUGAGUCUGUACGAGGCCCUGCAGUGUGAAGUGGACACCUCCAGUCCUCUGUACAAACAGUACAGACUGACCAAGCUCACUGAGAAGUACCCUGAGUUGCAGCACAUUCCCAUGGAGCUGUUUGCUGCAGACCCUGCCCACUCCAGCUCCUCUGAAGUGUCCUAUCGCUGCAGGAAGUGCAGACGAACUUUGUUCCGUGGCUCCAGUAUUCUCAGUCACCGAGUAGGAGAAGGAGCGCAAGCCUUUGGUUACAAGAAGUCCAGUAGCUUCACCGGAGACGUCCAGUGUACGUCUUACUUCAUUGAACCUGUGCAGUGGAUGGAUCAAGCUUUAAUUGGAGUGUUGGAUGGACAGCUUCUGUGUCCUAAGUGUAGCUCUAAGCUGGGCUCGUUCCGCUGGUUUGGUGAUCAGUGUUCGUGCGGUCGCUGGGUCACUCCCGCCUUCCAGCUGCACCACAACAGAGUGGACGAGAUCCGACAAGUCAACGUACAGAAAUAACUGCACAAUCUUUGUUUGACAGUGGAAGUCAAACCAGCUUGUACAGACUCUCUAGGGAAAAUAAAUUGCUAGAAUUUCACUUGACAUCAGGGGGCAUCUCAGAUGUUUAAUGGACUGUUGCAAACUACAAUCAUUUAGGAUUUACAGAAAUUGUUGCUAAAAGAAUCAGUCAUUUGAUUAUUUAGAAAAUAAUGUAUGUUCAUAUUUCAAUUCCUUAAAUGACUAUAAUGUAUAUUGUUAUAAUAACAAAGUGAAAACAGUGUGAAAGGGGUCGCUGGUAGUGAUGAACAUACAGAGAAUUAUCACCUGAAUCUGCAGCCCCUUCGUCUUUACAGAGUUUCAGCUCAUUGUUUACCUCUUUGGCACACAACUUUACUGUUUUGGUUCACUCUCACAGCUCUGUGUUUUCAGCAGCAGGCAGCUGUUUUCAGAGAGAAAGCUCUAAAUACUCUCUGUCCUCGACCUGCUCAGCAGCAGACAGACACCGUCAGAGACCAGCUGCUGAACAUGGUGGAGCAUUUAGCAGCUACAGAGACAGAUAGAUUUCUGAGGAAUUGCAAGACACCAGAGCUAAAAGACAGCAUAUUGGACGACAUUCAUCAAGACAGAAGCAUGACUCUAAAUGUAUGAUAAUGAUGCUCCAAAACUUCGUAAGCAGCUGUUUGCUAACAAGUUUACCAUAUCAACUUAAAAGUUGAAAAAAACUGUCAUUCCAGGUUUAAAGCGGUGUUGUCUGUUUGCUGUCGUUGUUAACUCAAGUGUCAUUUCAUACCACAGCUGAUAUACAGUACAAGGAGGAUCCUCUUGACAUUCUCCCUAUUUUUCUACCUGAUGUUAGGACAGAUGACUGCUCUGUAAUAUAUACAACACAUGUAAAUAAAAACACUUGUAUAUAUCAAAAGAUAA